AUGGGAGCCGGGACGCCGCUGAGCAAACGCCAGUGGCAAAUGGUGCAGCUUUUGGAGGAGCUGGUGGGUGACGACUAUGAAAAUUUUUCGCUAGUUCCGUCUGCUUUGGGACGGACAGCCUCGAAGCUGGAGGAUCAGGACGCCGCGCUGGGAGCCCUUCACCGAACUUUGUUGGCCACUGAGAGGGAUCUUCCCCGUUACAUGCGAGGGCUUGGAGCUGCGCAUGGUGACGCCUUCUCAACAAACCUGCUUGAUCCGGAGGACGAUGAGCCCCUGGACCAUGGCAACGCCAAUAGUACAGAUGGUAGGCGCUCCUACGGCUGGAUCACUGGCAAGCUCCGAGGCAAAAAGUUGAUUGCAGCUAAAGAGAUAGAGGCCGACCGAAUCACUAUGCCCCCUCCUCCUUCCUUCGACCCCUUGCCGUACAUGGACAAGCAUACAGCACAUGUCUUUGAGCAUCCCCUGGAGCACAGAAUGGCUGAACCCCGAGAACCUGCGCCCGCAAGGUCGUGCGUCAUGGCAUCCCGGCGCAACAAGCUGGAGUUGUACCGCACUUUGGCGAGGACAGGGAGACUUGGGAUUCUGGAACCUCAUGAGUGCUCAUCGGGCAUAUCUUCCGGACUGUUCUCUGUGAUAAAGGACCUGGAGCGAGACAGAUUAAUUCUGGACGGCCGAGGUGCGAACGUGUAUGAGACACCAUUGCACACUUGGACAAAGGGCUUGGCUUGCGCUGACAAGGUCUGCCAGAUUUAUCUUCCGCCCGGUUGCGAGCUUCGAGCUUCAGGCCGGGAUCUUCGCGACUUCUUUUACCAGUUUGUGGUGAGUCGUGAAAGGAUGGUUCGCAACUGCUUGGCAGGCACUUUGAACAAGGAGGAGCUGCAGUAUGUCUUCGGGGACAUUCCAGGCCUUCCGUCUAAAGCUCGAGUAGGGCUGUCGACGCUGGCUAUGGGAGACUGCAGCGCGUGCGAGUAUGCCCAGUGCUCCCACCUCGGUGUCCUCAGAGCAGCCAAUGUCUUCUCUGUGGAAGAACUAAUCUCUCUUGCUACCCCAGUGCCGCGAACCCCUUGCAUGGUAGGAGUCAUCAUCGACGACCUGAUUGUCUUGGAGGAGGUCCUGGCUACAGCUGGCAAGGCAGGGGAUGGCUCAGGCGGGACCCAUGCCGACGAACGGAUGCAAUGGGCUGACGAGGCCUACAGCAGAGCACAUCUCCUCUCGAACCCCAAGAAGGCUUUUCAGAAUGAGCCCGCAUCGAAGUUCUGGGGCAUCGAGCUGGAUGGGGUGAGGGGCUUGGUUCGUCCUGCCAGGAGCCGUCUUUGGCCGCUCAUCGCGGUCACCAUCAGGGUCGCGAGCUUGACAUUUGCUACUCGUGGCUUGUUGAAGAGCCUAUGUGGAUCUUGGACCUCGGUUCUUCUGGUCAGGCGCAGAAUGCUCUCUGUGGUAGACCUACUCUUCGCAGCUGCGGACGGUGACGAUCCCAAUGUCGUCGUUAAGCUUUCGCCUUCAACUUCUUUGAUUGAUGAGUUGUGGGUUCUUGUGUCUUUAGGUGCACUUUGUGUAGUUGACCUUCGCGCUGAGCCCGCAGACUUCAUUGUGGCUACAGAUGCGUCAGGAUGGGGAGGUGCAGCUGUCAGAGCAUAUGUUCCGCCGCAUCUCGUUCUUGAAUUCUGCCGGCACAGCUUGGCAAAGGGAACGUGGACCCAUCUGCUUCCUGCAGGCCAUGCUUGGCUUCGUGAGAAAGACCUGCUGAAGGUUGAGGAUGAGCUGCCAGGCGGCGUGCCGCUGGAGCCGAAUGAGCUUGCCUCGACCUUAGCCACAUGCCUUCAGUGUCAGGAGAGAUGGCGGAAGGGUUUUCGGCCGAACGAGCACAUCAACUGCAAGGAGUUGCGAGCAUAUCUUUUGGAGGAGUCGUACAUAGCAAAGGCGCAGUCAUCUGUUCGGCUGCUGAGUGGCCUGGACUCUCAGGUCGGGCUUGGCGCCUUGACCAAGGGCCGUGCCUCGUCGAACGCCUUGAACAACAUGCUGUCAGCCUCGCUGGGUCCUUACUUGUCAUGCGGGAUAUAUCCCCACUUCAUGUACUUCCUCAGCGAGUUGAACCCCGGAGAUGCCCCUACACGGGGUAAAGACCCUCCCCGCCCUUUGAGGCCAUUGCCGGCCUGGUGGGCGCCUCUGGUUGCUGGAGCCCAAGCCCCUUUCGACGCUUGGAUGCGGAGACAGCCUGGUGGCCCGGCUGCAUUCGACUUUGGGCACCUAGCGUCGACGUCUGAGAGUGAGACGGCCCUCGUCGCUGAUGGGCUGGAAAGCAUGGGUGCCGUCGCGGAGUGCGAGCUCCCACUGGCUCCGGGGCGAGAGGACAACUCCAUUCCAUGUGAGGAUUCGGCCUUCGGCCUUCGAGCGAAGCAGUUCAUGUUCAAGGGCAAGCGGGCAAACUUCGAAGAGCGAGGGGCCCUUGACUUGUACGCAGGUUCAAAAGGAAUUGCAAAGGCUCUCAUUGAACUUGGGGCGCCGUGGGUCGCCACCUUCGAGCUCAACGAUGGGCCAGAGCAGGAUCUGCUGGACCCGACAGUGAGGGCUACAGUUGAGGCCAUGAUCGCAGGGAAGAAGGUGCGAGCAGUUGGACUGGCCCCCCCAUGCAACUCUAUGUCCACGGCUAUCUCACCGCCGGUUAGGACCCUGCAAUUCCCUCGCGGGGUACCUUGGCUCAGCGGUUCCAUGCGGAAGAAGGUUAAGGACGCAAACUCGCAUGCAGCGUGGUGCGUUGAGCUCAUCAAGCUAUGUCAGGAGCAUGGUGUGGAACGGUGGCUCGAACAACCCGACAGUUCAUGGAUGUGGAGGUUCACGGGGUUCAAGAGUUAUCGGCGCCCCGCGGCUCCAACGCUGUGGCGCACUGAUUUGUGCGUGUUCGGAACGCCCUGGCGAAAAAGAACGCGUUUGGCUACCAGCCUGAGAGACUUGGCUGGACGCAGGGAUUUUUGCCGAUGCAGGUUGCCGCACGUCGUCCUCCGAGGCCGAAGUACAGAGUUCAGAAAGUCGUGGACAGCUGUUGCUCAACCAUAUCCAAAGGGCUUCGCGGCAAGUAUUGGGCGAGCCGCCUGCCGCCAAGUCGGCUGGAUGCCGGCCAGCGGGAAGUUCAACAUUGCUGCGUGCGCGCGGUGCGGGCACAAUCGCAUCGGCGAGGCCUCUCUCCCAGGACCGCGCAAGAGGAUUGGACCUAGAUUGGGCAGUUUGGAGGCACAUCCUUUGCAGACAGCUGUGACUCUGAAGUAUGAGGAGAAGCUCUGGGAAGCCUUUCUGAACUGGUGCUUGUCUUACUUGUCUGACCCUUGUCUUGUCUUUUCCCUUUGUCCGGUCCUUGCCGCCAUGGCCCUCCGUGCGUAUGGGAACCUCUGCUACAGUUCUGGGCGCACUCUUUCGAGUUUCAGGCACUCCAUCAUAGCAGCUCAGAGACGCCUUCUGGGAGUAAAACCUUACCUGUCACUGGUGUGGGAGCUGGUGGGAAGAUGGGAGGCCUUGGAACCGCCGGUUCACCGGUGCCCUGUACCGGAGCCCAUCGUGAAGGGGCUCUGCUAUCUAGCGUGGAUGUGGCAGCUGCGACGUUGGAGUGGAGUCACACUGCUGGCCUUUUACGGCCUUGCACGCAUAGGCGAGGUGCUGAAGUGCAGGCGUCGAGAUCUCCUUCUGCCUGCUGACCUGCUUGAAGAUGGCUUGGACUGCGCUUUCCUUAACUUUUCUGCUUCCAAGACCUCAAUGCGAGGGCAUCCCAAAGUCCAACACACAAAGAUCGUGGUGCCGGCCAUUGUUGCUUGGGUCUCGCAGGUUUUCUACGCAUUGGGUCCCGACGACUUGCUUUGGCCUGGGUCACCUAGCAGUUAUCGUUACCGAUGGGACUUUUUGUUACGCUGCUUGGAGGACUUUCGGAACGUCAGCCUCUGGCUGACCGCGGUUGCUCGACAGCUGCCCCAACUGCACCUGACCAGGCCUUCUGAAAGAGUGGAUGCGGAGCUCUCCUUUGCGGCAUCACUCCGCUACCAAAGG